GCGGGCACUUUCUGCAAAACUUGCCUAUAUAUUGUCAUUUAAUAUUUUUGCAAAACAUUCUUUCGUCCGCAGUGUCCACUUUUCGUAUUUGCUUGUAGCUCGCACAAAAACGAUUGAAGGAGACUUGAAAGGACUUUAGCUACAUUCUGACAGAUUGCUCUGGUGGAGUGAAAUUUGUCAAUCAAUUUGCGCGACUCCUCGACAACUCUAGCCUUUGGUUACAACUGAGGGAUUCUAAAACCUGAAAAGAACGGAAUUUUCUUCCCAAGAGAUAUUCAUUUCAACUUGCUGUUCGCAAAUUAUUUCGCAUGAAUCUACUCGACCCCUACCUGAAGAUGACAGACGAACAGGAGAAGUGUCUCUCUGACGCUCCAAGCCCAAGCAUGUCCGACGAUUCGGCUGGUUCGCCCUGUCCAUCAGGGUCCGGCUCUGACACCGAGAACACCCGGCCGUCAGAUAACCAUCUUCUGUGCCCAGAUGGACCUCUCGGAAAGGAGGAGGGAGACAAGUUCCCCGUUUGUAUCAGAGAUGCGGUCUCGCAGGUGCUAAAGGGCUACGACUGGACCCUGGUGCCCAUGCCAGUCCGCGUAAACGGCUCCAGCAAAAGCAAGCCACAUGUCAAGAGACCCAUGAAUGCUUUUAUGGUGUGGGCUCAAGCCGCUCGUAGGAAACUGGCAGACCAAUAUCCGCAUCUUCACAACGCAGAACUCAGCAAAACUCUCGGGAAACUCUGGAGAUUGCUUAACGAAGGAGAGAAGCGUCCAUUCGUGGAAGAGGCUGAGCGUUUGCGAGUUCAGCAUAAGAAAGACCAUCCUGAUUAUAAGUAUCAGCCAAGACGUAGAAAAUCAGUCAAGAACGGACAGAGCGAGUCUGAGGACGGGGAGCAAACCCACAUCUCUCCCAAUGCCAUCUUCAAGGCGCUUCAACAGGCUGAUUCUCCUGCUUCUAGCAUGGGCGAAGUGCAUUCCCCUGGCGAACAUUCAGGUCAGUCUCAGGGACCGCCAACGCCACCCACCACCCCUAAAACGGACCUUCCCAGUGGCAAAGCCGACCUGAAGAGAGAGGGUCGCCCAAUGCAAGAUGGCACCGGCCGCCAGCUCAACAUCGAUUUCAGGGAUGUGGAUAUUGGUGAGCUGAGCAGUGACGUGAUCUCCAACAUCGAGGCCUUCGACGUCAACGAGUUUGACCAGUACCUGCCCCCGCACGGCCACCCGGGGGGGCCUUCUGGAGCUCAGGCCGGCUACACAGGCAGCUACGGCAUCAGCAGCUCCUCCGCCAGCCAGGCAGCCAGUGCAGCGGUCCACGGCUGGAUGUCCAAGCAGCAGCAGCAGCAGCAGCACUCUCUGACCACCCUGGGUGCGGGCGGGGAUCAGGCCCAGGCCCAGGGCCAGCAGAGAACCACCCAGAUCAAGACGGAGCAGCUGAGCCCCAGCCACUACAGCGAGCAGCAGCAGGGUUCCCCCCAGCACGCGGCCUACGGCUCCUUCAACCUGCAGCACUACAGCGCCGCCUCCUACCCCUCCAUCACCCGGGCGCAGUAUGACUAUUCAGACCACCAGGGCGGCGCCAACUCCUACUACAGCCACGCCGCCAGCCAGGGCUCCGGCAUCUACUCCACCUUCAGCUACAUGAGCCCCAGCCAGAGGCCCAUGUACACCCCUAUCGCUGACCCCACGGGGGUGCCCUCCGUUCCCCAGACCCACAGUCCACAGCACUGGGAGCAGCAGCCUGUCUACACACAGCUGUCCAGGCCCUGAGAGCCACAGCUAGGGCUUCCCCCCCCAGCACAGACUGAUCCAGCCCUCCUCCACACCACCCAGAGACUUGCUCCCACCCCGUGGCCUACAGCCACCAUGCCACAUUACCCUUCACCACCAACAGAGAAACAUGACAAGGACUUUUUAUAGUACUGAAAAUAUAUGAAUAUAUAUAUCUUUGGAAUGGCUCACGACAGUGCCUUUUUUUUUUAAUGCUUGGAGUUGUGAUUAUAUUUUUUUUAGAUAUAAUGUAAAGAAACUCUUCUGAAAAGAUCCUCCGUGAGGACAUAUUGGUCAUGAAUAUUUUAGUAUGUACUGUGUAUGUGUUCUGCUCUUUGGUUCGUCGUCAUCUUUACAGGGGAUUUAUACAUUUAUAAUGAGGAAGAGUGCAGCAGGAUAAAGUCCUAUGAAGCCUUACUACUUCUCACUGAUGUAUUUUUGUACAGGAAGUCAGAACGUCCCUUGACCCGACACUGCCGUCUUAUAACACAUUUCUGCUUUGAUCCUCUGUACUGUACAUAUUUUAUUGUAAGAAUUGAGCAAAGUUGGUUCAAAUAGUUUUAGAGGGCCCAGCUGUGUCCCAAGAUAUGACAGUCCAUAUGUGAGUUAGGCAGAUGAAUAUAAUUUGUUGUUGUCGCUUUAGCACAUUAGCUCAAGUUGUUGUGUUGGAGAUGCCAUAGCAGGUGCCAUGUAGAUCUAUCAGGGGCCUUACUAUGUAGCUAGAUGUGACUGAGCAAUGUAUCUAUUCAUCUGAGUAUUGCCUUCAUACCAUUGGUGCCUGUUGCCAGAGUGGAGAAAGAUAGCUCUGUAUGCUAACGUUGCCGUGUAGAAGCCACAGCUGAGUUCUCACUUCCUGCUUGGGGAGCUACAGGAAGUGCCCUUUGACCUGAGUCUCUCCUGCAGGUCUCGGCUGAGUCUGCCGUAACCUUUCUCAUUCCAACAGCCCCUUCCAGUUCUUAACCCUCUUAAUUUAUUCCUUAGCAUUAAUUUUAUUUGAAAAUAAUUACUAUUUGCAAUUUAUCUUUUAAUUCAGCAGCAACUAAUUGAAAUGAAAAGGUUUUCUGCAUAAGGUUUUGCUGUCUUAUGUGGUACAAAUUGUAAGCAUUUUGUUUAUUUAUCAAUUGUAAAUGUUUCGGUUUAAAUGUUCCUUUUUUGAUCUAGUUAUGUACAGAUUACUUAUUAUGAUGAACUUGAUCUUAAAUCUCUAAAAAAUAAACUGGAAGUUUUUAUUUUCAUUCUAACAAAUAUGGAUUAAUGGCUAUUGAAAGUUGUGGCUGCAUUAUAAAGACUUUUAUUCUAUAGAAUCACCAGCAUACUUUUUUGUUUUUGAAAAAAAGUUGUUAUUUUGUUUUCCUAUUCAAUAUCUUAGUUCACAUGUUGACAUGGUCUUAAUGCAAAUGAAUUAUUGUUUCCAUAGGUAAAACAUGCCAUUGUCUUAAAAGAAGCUUAUCUUUUGUAUUAUAUUGUUUGCAAUAAAAAGAAAACAUAUCGAAAAUAAC